AUGAACGUCUCAAAAAGCGAUCCCAUAGCCAUCGUUGGCGGUGGAGCAUUCGGUCUCUCCACAGCUCUCGAGCUAUCAACUAAAGGCUACACAAACAUCACGGUCCUCGAGAGAGACGAGGAGAUUCCGUCACGAUGGUCCGCUGCGAAUGAUCUGAACAAAAUUAUGCGAGCGGAAUACGAAGAUGACUUCUAUACGAACUUGGCGGUCGAAGCGACCCACGCCUGGCAAACUCCUCUAUAUGCGCCUUACUUCCACCGUGUUGGCUUCUUAAACUGCGUUUCAGGUGCCGCACCACAGAAAGCAGUGGACACGAUGCGCAAGUUCCAAGCAGCUGCUGAUAAACAUCCGGAGAUGAAGCCUUUCCUCCAUUCUAUCUCAGGAGCUGAACAAGUACGCAAUAUAGCUGGGGCAUGGCAGUUCACUGGAGAGAUGCCUGGUUGGAAAGGGUACUUCUGCAAAUACAACGGCUACGUACAUUCCGCCAACGCGUUGAGGGGGAUAUAUCGCGAAGCAGUGAAGGCUGGUGUCAGGUUUUUCUUGGGAGAGACAGCUGGUGCAAUAGAGAACAUCGUCUACGAAGGCUCAGGAAAGAGCAGAAAGAGUAUCGGCGUUCAAACCAAAGCCGGUCGAUUUCACCCUGCGAAGCUAGUCAUCGUUACCGUUGGCGCUGCAGCACAUAAGAUUGUCCCCGAACUUGGUACCGAGGUGUCUGCCAAAUCUUGGUCUGUUGCACACGUCCGCCUCACUGACGACGAGACCGCAGCACUGCGCGGCAUCCCCGUUACAUACGCUCGUGAUCUCGGCUUCUUCUUCGAACCAGACCCAAAGACGAACCUCCUAAAGCUGUGUCCAAUGGGUGGUGGCUAUAUCAAUACCAAUCCCGCCACUGGAGUUUCUGAAGCGCCCGAAGGACUCAUGCGCUUUGUGCCCAAAGAAGACGAAAGGAAGAUGCGAGAGCUGCUUCGCCAAACGCUGCCCUAUCUUGCUGAUCGACCGCUGGUAAAGAAGUUUAUAUGUUGGUUUGCGGAUACAGCGGACUCUGAUUUCAUCGUCGACUACGUACCCGAGACCUGCUCUUCUGUCAUGUUGCUCUCAGGCGACUCUGGCCAUGGUUUCAAAAUGUUCCCCAUAGUCGGAAGGUGGGUGCACAGCUUACUAAACUCGCGCGACAGGGCACAAAGCAUCUCAAGAUGGCGUUGGAGAAUACCAAAGCAGAAGGCGCAGGGAGAGAGCUUUGAUGAUGAUGUGAGCUGGAGGGUAGGAGAUGUUAGAGAGGUCCGCGAAGUACAAGAAGAAGCGGCCAAGUCCAAACUGUAA